CUAGUGUGAACUGCAGUCAUUUCCAUUUAAGGUAUUCUGCAAAAUGCGGGGAUUUCAUGGCUUUGGCUUGGUCGCGCUUUUGUCAGUAUUAACCCCAGAAUAUUUGUAUUUUUGACAGUCUAUUAUCCUUACAUUAAAUCAAAAUGGGUGCUCAGUCCUCUAAACUUGCUAGAAAGUUGCCAACCAAACCAAGGCCCGAAACUUUACGAGAUGUACCACAAUAUUCACCUUCCAAACUUUCACCGAUGAGCCAAACAGCAUCAGGUAAUGGAAAGCUGAGAGUUUGUGAAGUGAACAAUGUCCGUUUUUCUGAAACCAUAGUUGAUUACUUUUUUAAAGAUGUGAAAACUGAAUUUAUUGAAUCAGACAGUAGUGACCCACAUUUGCUAAAUAAUCUGAAAGCAUUAGGCCCUGUCGUUGUUCCGCCUACCAUAACAAAAAUGAGGACUUCUGAUACAAUGUUGAAUAUUAUCAAGCAUCGAAAACAACUUGAGGGAGCUGAAAUCAAGGACUACAAAGUGACUGACGAUGCUAUCUCUACCGAUUCACUCUUUUCACUCUUUGAACAACGGAAGCGACUUCAGCCUGGAGAAAUCAAUCGACCCGAAAUCAGACAAUCUCUCAUGAAGAAGUAUAAAGUAGAUGAAGAGACUUUGAACAUAUUGUUAAGCCAUUAUAAUACAAUAGCUGUGAUGCCCGUAAUAGAGGGUGAUAAGGAAGAAAGACGGCCAGGAGUUUGGGUAAAUGAUCGAUUGGAUUGGGAGCAAAGCGUGAAAGAAAUAGAGAAGCAAAACCUCGCGAUGAAGAAAGCAAGAGAGGAGGCGAUCAAAGACCACGCGCAGCAAAAUACUCACAGGAAAACUGGGAAAGAGAAGAAGUUGGAGAGCUUGUUUGAGGAAGACUAA